ACAAUAGAAAACUUCCGUAGCAAAGUUGGUUCCUCCGUGUUCUAUAGAGUCUCUAGAGUCUAGAGCUGAAAACAUAAUUUUAUUAAAUUCACUUACUCGCCGAUUGUCGUGAGUUAUACAUCGUUUUUCGAAACUAGUUCUCGCUUAUCAUCGUUCUUUAUUGUUCGCUGAGAAGUUAAUAAAUUUAUUAAAAAAAUACUUGAUAUAAAAUUGUAUCAUUCUUAUAAACAAAUUUGAAAUUCCCUUAAAAUUGAAAAACAAAAUCUGAUACCGUUUUUGAAAAACAAAAACAAGAGUCUUUCAAAAUUGUUAUACUCUCGUUAGACAAUAGAUCACGUUAUUGUGACUUAAUCUGCUGUCGUUGUUUCUCACUUGGGAUUAUAUAAGUUUUAAUAAUCUUGAACGUCCGUCACCUCGGUGUGGAUUAAUAUACCUACCCUUCCUGUGGAAAAAAACAACUUUUAAACAAAGUUGCAUUGCAUUUUUGUAACUUGCAUAAAUAAAUACAAACUAAUAGUAAACCUACUUCAAGUACACGUGAGUUAGAGACACUACCUACUUGUUGAAUCAUUGUAUGAGAUACGCUAAUAUAUCGAACUAUUGGACUUGCUUGGAUUUUAAAAUACAAUAUACAAAAUAGUCAUGCAGCAGUUGUUGUGUUAAUCAAGACAAUAUAAUUAUAUACUAAAAUAUAUUACAAGUGAAAAACCUGUGAAAGUACAAAUUUGAAGUAAAAAGUUUCAUUUCAUUCAAAAAAAAUUAAAUAAAAUAUUUAAAAAAAAUGAAGAAAGAACCAUAAGAAUAUUUUAAAACAGACAAACAAACAAAAAAAAGUGAUUGUGAACGAAGCCGACAGUGGAGAGUUUUUGGAUUUUAGCAUAUUUCUCUUGUAUUUGGGACAUUAAUAAUAUCGAUAACAAAUGAGUACAAUAGAAGAAGAAGAAAACAACUAUCGUCAACACACAAAAACUUAAAUUACAAAACCUUACUAAAAAACCUAACAAGCAGCUUUUUAUGGAUUGGCUGUUAGCCUCACCAAAAAUCCAGAGUGCCUUUGCAUCUUUGGGUUGUAUUGAUGGUGAUUCCUAUGUCGUCAGCCCCAAUGCUCUUUCUAUUUUGGAAGAAAUCAAUUGCAAGCUUACGUAUGAAGACCAAACACUCCGAACCUAUCGUCGUGCUAUUGGAUUUGGCCAAAACAUCCGUACCGAUUUGAUACCACUUCUCGAGAAUGCCAAAGACGAUGAUGUUCUCGGUUCUGUUAUACGAAUUUUGGUUAACUUAACAGUCCCGGUCGAAUGUCUAUUCUCUGUGGAAGUUAUGUAUCGUACUGAAGUUGGUCGCACAACAGUUUUCGAAUUGAAUAAUCUUCUAUACAAGAGCAAAGAAGCAUUCACCGAUCCGAAAAGUACAAAAUCGGUCCUGGAAUUUAUGCAACACAUCUUGGAGAGUGACCCAAAGUUAUCUCAACAGAAAUGCGAACAAAUAAACAAUUGUUUGGUUUUGUUGCGGAACAUCCUACAUAUUCCAGAUUCAAAUCCAAAUUUGAUUGUGCCACAGCGUCAGGAAGUAUCCAAUUCAAAGACAUCCAUGCAAAACACGAUACUAUGGAAUCUGUUUGUUCAGAGCAUAGACAAGUUGUUACUGUACUUGAUGACCUGCCCAAAAAGGACAUCUUGGGUCGUGACCAUGGUGCAGUUGAUUGCGUUGAUGUACAAAGAACAACAUGUCAGUACGAUGCAGAAAAUGUUGAAUAGUUGGUUUGAAGCUUCAUUGUCUGAGAGUUCGGAGGAUAAUGAGAGUAAUACCACUCCACCACAGCAGAAGAGUGGUGACUCCAGUCCAAUGCUCACUUCUGACUCGUCUGAUAAUGUAUUUUUUAUUUUUUCUAUGGUAGGAGGCGGUUCUAAGAAAGAAAGUCCCGAAGAUCGUCGCCAGGCACUGCGUGACGAAACUGAUGCUACCCUCCAAGAAGUCAGCCGAAAAGGCCACGAGUACCAGAAUGCCCUCAUACGCGUCCCAACAAAACAAACCAAAAAACAAAAGCAACAUCAGCAACAGUCAUCGGGAUCAUCUUCGUCAUCAUCCUCAUCACACCGACCAACUUCCAAUGCUGCUCCAGCAAGCCCACAACAACCAGCUCAACAAACUCCUAGCACUCCCAUGGACGUCACAGAACCCAAUGAUGAUUCUGAACAAACAUUCAAACUACCACCCCAAAAGUCUCCCGCUCCGGGUAGUGACAACUCAAAGACAAAAGUUCGCCAUUCCAGUCAAGUUCAAUUGACCAGAGGCAAAUGUUCCCCCACAAAACGAGAGUGUGCUUCCUCACAGUCUGACCAAUCGGACUAUGGCUAUAGUACGCAAAUAGAGAACCAAGAAUCCAUCUCAAUCUCCAGUAAUGAAGAGUAUGGUCCUCAGAGUAAGCCAGCCCAUCAGAAGCCUCCGUGCAACUCGAAGCCAAGAACAAAGCACCGGGCUAUUUUGACGCUGCUCGACAAUAAUGACCUACGGCGGAAGAAGCUUGUCAAGAGGAGCAAGAGUAGUUUAAUUAACAUGAAAGGUUUAUUUCUUCACACACCUAGUUGCCAGGACAUUUCCAAUCUCCUCAAAGAGUUCACAGUUGACUUCUUGCUUAAGGGCUAUGACUUUGUUGUGGGCGAUCUCCAUAUGCACCUUAUCACAGAUGAGAAGAUUUUUAUGGACACAUCGCACUUCUUCUGGCUGCUAACGUAUUUCCUCAAAUUUGCCGCACAACUUGAACUUGACUUGGAGCAUAUGCAUUCAGUUCUGACGUUUGAUGUGAUAAGCUACUUAGCUUAUGAAGGCGUUAUAUUGUGUGAACAAUUAGAGCUGAACAAACAACAUGAGGGUAGCGAUUUAAAGUCUUAUCUAAGGAGAAUGCAUUUGCUAGUGACAGCGAUAAGAGAAUUUUUACAAGCUAUUGAAACUUAUAAGAGAGUUACGCAUUUAAGUGAAGCUGACCGUAAUCAUCUCCAUCGGCUUCAAAUUCAAAUCAGCACAUCAGAAGAUAUUCGAAACUUAUUUGUACUUUUGUUGAGAAACUUCAAUCCCAACCUUCACACGAAACAGUACCUUCAGGAUCUCAUCAUAACCAAUCAUAUGUUACUGCAAAUAUUGGAUGGCAUGACAAAAUCCGAUGCAAAUGUCAAUAUUAAAAUGAUUGAUCACAUAUCACAAUUUGGAAUACCAGAAAUUAUGUGUAACUAUGGACUAUUACUUGAGGGUUUCAAUGAAAAUGGAGUUUUUGUUAACGAUUGCAUUUUAACAAUGAUGCAUCAUGUUGUUGGUGAUUUGAGCCAAAUCAAUCUUAUGUUCCAGCCAGCGAUUUUAAAAGCAUUUUCCAAAAUUUGGGAAAAAGAAUUUGAACUUUGUGAGGAUUGGAGUGAUUUAGUUGAAUACGUUAUCAAUAAAUUCAUCCAUAAUCCCCAACGAAGUCCUUUCGAUCAUCGCGACUCUUCCCUGACAGCACUAACCAAGGAGCACAAUCUCGAAAACACUGACUGGGUCAAUGACGUGUUGUCAUUUGGAGAUUGGGUACAAGUUCCGGUGUCAGUCGAUAAAGGUGUCAAACGCUUGGAGUUUAAUAAACUGCUUGAGAGCUUCUGGACGCAAGAAGAAAUGAACACCCUUUAUUGGUAUUAUGUCCAAGGAAAGAAAACUAAAGAUGUUGUUGGAAGUAUUGUCCAACUAUUCCGUGAUAAUGGUAAAAAACAUAAAUCCAGAAUCUCUGUUAUUCAGCAGCUAUUGCAACAGGAUAUCAUUGCAUUGCUAGAAUAUGAUGAUUUAAUGAAGUUUGAGGAUGCUGAAUAUCAAAAAUCUCUUCAACUAACUUCAAAUUCCACAUCAGGAGAAUCAGGAAUUGAUACAAGAGAACCAUCAUCUGAUAAACCAGUUGACGAUUUCCAGGUUCUUCGUGAUUUAAUUAUUAAGGAAAACAAAUCCAAUCUUCUCACAUGGCUACAGAAUGUACUUCUAGAAUGUUGUUAUGUCAAAUUGACACUUAAAAAAUUCAAAAGUCGAAAAGACUAUGACGAUUUGCCGCACAUAAUGGAACCUAUUGCCUAUCAUUGUAUUUUUAAAAAUGAAUCAAUCCCAAUUGUCCAAUGGAAUUCAGAACAAGCAAGCACAAUGCUCUAUCAACCAUUUGUCUUACUCCUACAUAAACUUGGUUUUCAAUUACCUGCUGAUGCUGGAAGUUUAUUUGCAAGAAUACCAAGUUUCUGGACUGUUGAAACAAUGUUUUCAUUAGCCAAAAAACUUGGUCCUAUGGAUGAUUUGGUUAUAAAAUUCGAUGUGGAUUUAAUCAAAGAAUCAGACAUAAGAUGUGAACAUCUAAAGAGAUCCUCAUUAACUGUUAUACAUGAAGACCCAAGAGAAUUUAUGGUUAAAAAUAGUAGCACUCCAAUGUCAGAUGAUGAAUGUGGUAGUGGUGGCAAACAAACAAGUCUUAGAGAUAUGACAGCAUUUUCAAGACCAAAUCAAGCUAAUUCUAUAAUAAGAUUUACGCCAGAUCUUACUCCUUCAAAUUCCGUUCCUAAUUGGUUGCAACUGGUUAUGAGAAGCAAAUGUGUACCAAGUGAUAGAUCUAAUGUUGGAUUUACAUUACCAAACAAAGUGUUUGUUUCUAGUUUAACAAACACACCCCCUAUGGCACCACCAGCUUUCCCUUAUAAUAAACUUGCCAAUUUAGAUAAUGAACCUAAUUUAUGCCAAGAGCAAGAAUCACCAACUCAACAACAAACGCAACAACAGCAGCAACAACAAACUCAAGAACAAGAGCAACUUAUAAUAACAGCUACACCACAAAAACAACAACUUACAUCAAUGAACUCAUUCAGUGAUGAUGAUUCGGCCAUGAUUGAUGAAUACGCUAUAAAAUCAAUUCAAAGAAAUGACAGCAUAUCAAGUGGUUUCCAUACGCAACGCAGUGGAAGCGGAACCUUAGACAUGGAUAGUGAAUAUUUUGCUAUGAUCUCGUCUGCAUUUAUGAAUGAACAAGAAAAUGAUGACAUCGAUUCAGUAACCUCAGAUCUAACUCACAUGAAUGUCAGCGACGAUGACGAUAAAGAUUUUCAUCUAAAAGUUUUGGAAAUAACUCCUUAAAUUGGUUUUCUUAUACAACAAAACCGUAGAUAAACCUUGUAGUUUCCGUCCGAGUUUUGUUUGAAAAUGAAAAAUUGAAAAUAAAUCAAAAGAAACAGUACCUAACCUAUAAACCUACCUAAAAACUAACAUACCUUGCCUUUUUUCCAUACCUAAACCGUAUAUAAAAUAAAAUAACCACACAAAUAUUUAAAAAAAAAUGUAUGAAGAAGAUGAAAAUCAAAAGAAGGAAACAAACACACAAAUAAAUAAAUAUUGCUAUAUUUUUACAAGAACAUAAUUUUUAAAAAAAUGCAACACUCUAAAAACAACAUUCAAACAUAAUUUGUAUUGAAUUAAUUAAAAAUAAAUAUAUUUAAUCAGAUCACAAACAAAAUAUUCAAUGAAUAAAUACAACAUUUAUUUUACAAUAUUUACAUACACAAUAUUCUAUAAUAUUAAUAUUUCAAAACCACAAGGACUUAAAGGACCUUUUAUAGUUUUUACUCCCACAAUUUCUUCAAUUUCAUAUUUUUGUAUAUGUGUAUUUAUGGGUGUUAAUGUGCUUUUACAACACGUAACUAUUUUUUUUUUGUCUUGUUGACAUAAAAUAAAUUUGUACACAAAAAAGAAAAACCGAAAUAUUUUUAAAAAAUUAUAAUUUUAAAUGUUAUGUUAACACAGGUACUUGGAAAUAGUUCAAAAUAUAAGAUAAAGAAAGAAAUAUUUUUUCCCCUGAAUUUUGACAGAGUUACAAAUGCUUUGCUGUAAAAAUUAAAAAAAAAAGAAUAGUAAAAUAUUUACAAUAAAUAAUUAAGAUAAAUUUAAACAAAAAACAAAUACAAAUUAAAUUAAUUACGAAUAAUGAAACAAAAAUGUUUAUUUAUUUUGACUUGAAAACAAGAAAUGAAUUAUGAGAAGACAAAAAUUGUUUGCUUCAUUUUUGUGCAGUUGAUGAAUUUGAAGUAAAAAUAAAAUUAAACAAAAAGAAAAAUAUUUUUUAUAUAAUUGACGUGAAUUUUUUUUAUAACUGAAAUAAAAAAAUAAUCUGUAAGAAAAUUCUUUAUUUACGAUAAGAUUUAAGUUUUUCAACAAAAGUAAAUAAAACGUUAUGUGACUCUUGUACCAGA